AUGCCUCGCAUUGCCUCUGCAAUCCCAUGCAUUCCAUUUUCGACGAUCGCUCCACCCCCCAGCGCGUUCAGCAUUUUUGCGACGGCACAGUCUCCUCGCGACACACACGCAAUGUACGAGGAUUUCUGGCAAACGUUCCGUCCACUCCCCAAAAAGGCCGUGCACUCCAAAGGGUGCGUCAGCGUGCCCCGGGAGGCGUCCAGAUUGAAGGAGUUGUUGAGAUGGUAG